AUGUCGCCCCCGUGGACUCGCCUCGUCCGGUACCAGGCCUCGGAGCAAGGCCCAGUCCAAUUCGGAGAGCCUAUUCUACCAGACGACAACACCGACAGCAUCACCGAACUGGCAAAAGCGAGACAGCUACAUGUUACCGUCUACAAAGGCAGCGACCCAUUCACCGUCCAGCCCACGACACAGACCGAGGCCGUCCACACCCUCCUCGGUCCCCUGGCGCCAGAGCACGUCCCCAUCAUCCGCUGCAUAGGCCUGAACUACAAAUCCCACAUUCUCGAAACCGGCCGAGCCCUGCCCGCCUGUCCCACGGUUUUCACAAAACCCUCGCCCGCCGUAGCAGACCACAACACGGCAAUACCCAUCCCGCAAAUCGCGCAGGCACAAUGCGACUACGAAGGCGAGCUCGUGGUCGUAAUCGGCCGCGAGGGGAAGGACAUCCCCGAGAGCGAAGCCCUGGACUAUAUCGCCGGAUACACCGUGGGCAACGACGUGUCCAGCCGCGACUGGCAGCGGGAGCCUGCAAAGGCCGGCCCUGUGCCGCAGUGGUCCUUCAGCAAGUCCUUUGACCAGUAUGCGCCGCUGGGACCGUGUCUGGUUAGCACGGGGGUUGCUGGGGAGGCGAGCGGGCUCUUACUGGAGACGCGCGUGAAUGGAGAGCUGCGCCAGAGUGGGAAUACCGACGACCUGUGGUUUGGGGUGCGCCGGCUUGUGGCGUUUUGUAGUCAGGGGCAGACGCUGCAGAGGGGGUCGUUGAUUAUGACGGGGACGCCGGGGGGUGUUGGGCUGUUUAUGUCGCCGCCGGGGUUUUUAAAGGAUGGGGAUGAGGUUUCUGUGAGGAUUGGCAUGAUUGGGGAGCUGGUUAAUACUGUGAGGUUUAAGUAG